UUUUCACAGUAAGGUAUGUGCUAACUUUAAGCUGGUGCUGAAAGACUUGGCGGAUUGCUUUUUAAAGAGUUUUGAUUCUUGUGUUGCUUAGUAUUCAAAUUAUUGUAGAAAUAAUAAUUGGAAUUUAUGAUUGAAUUGAUUGUUUAUUGAUAAUUGUCUCAGUGUUGUGAAUAGACCAAUUGAAAAACGAGUGAUUUAUCGCAAGAAGAAAAAGUGUUUUUCUAUUUUUGGAUUAUCGAUUUUUAUUUGGAAAGCUAAUAGGCUAUAAAAUAUGGCAGGCGGUGGCGACCCGAAAUGGCAGAAAGAUGCUUCAGACCAGAACUUUGAUUACAUGUUUAAACUUUUGAUCAUUGGAAAUUCGAGUGUUGGCAAAACAAGCUUUUUAUUCCGUUAUGCUGAUGAUUCAUUCACAUCGGCAUUCGUAUCAACCGUUGGCAUUGACUUCAAAGUGAAAACUGUUUUUCGACAUGACAAACGAGUAAAAUUGCAGAUAUGGGAUACAGCUGGACAAGAACGAUAUAGAACAAUAACAACCGCAUAUUAUCGAGGCGCAAUGGGUUUCAUACUAAUGUACGACAUCACAAACGAAGAAAGUUUCAAUUCCGUACAAGACUGGGUAACACAAAUAAAAACAUAUUCAUGGGAUAAUGCACAAGUGAUUUUGGUUGGUAACAAAUGCGACAUGGAAGAUGAAAGAGUUAUAUCGUUUGAACGGGGCAAACAAUUAGCCGAUCAGUUAGGUGUAGAAUUUUUCGAAACAUCAGCGAAGGAAAAUGUUAAUGUUAAAUCUGUAUUCGAACGACUGGUCGAUAUCAUUUGCGACAAAAUGUCAGAAAGCCUAGACUCAGAUCCAACCCUGGUGGCUGGCGGACCGAAGGGACAACGAUUAUCUGAUCCGCCGCAAGCUGGUCCGAAUGCUAAUUGUAAUUGUUAAAAUAUCAGGUAAAAAUAAAUUAUUAAAAACUAAAAACUAACAAAAUGGAAGAAAAGUUAAAGUAAAAAACAAUUAAUUAAACAAAAAAAAAAUAUUUCAUUGUUGUAUUUCAUCAGAGUUAAAAAUUCAGAAGAGAAGAAGAAAAAAAUAAAUUAUUAAUUUCAAACUCAUGAAACAAUUGAUCGGUUAUUGUCGUUUAAACAAAAAAUUAUAAAAUAAUGAAAAUUAGGUGAAAAUGAAAAUGGAAAUAACGCAGAGUACUAUAUAUUAUAGUAGACAAUAAUGGCUUUCACUGAAUGAAUAAACCAUUAUUUGACAAAGACACAACAAAAACGUAUUUUUCGAUCAUUUUUGUUCAAUAAUUUUCCCUUUCUGUUCAAUUAAAUUCCUUCACUAACUCUCCUCAUCCCCCUAACUUCUAAUGUACUCAAUACAUUUAUAUCUAAAGAUUAACAUUCAACAAAUUCAUACUUAAUAACAUCCGCAGCAUUGUAAAUAAUAAAAAAUAACUCAUCUCUGAACCAAUAACAUAACCGUUCCUUUUCGUUGAAAAUAAUGGGCCAUGCGCCGCUGAUUUUAUUUCGAUGAAUUUGGUGUAAGAUAAAAAUUCAACGAAAUGCCUGCUUGAGCUGCGCCUGUUUAUUGGAAAAAGUUAUAGAAACAGAUGCCUAUUCGAAAAUAACAAUUUCGCAUUAAUUUCAAAUUUGAUAAGCUUCCUUAUAUAUACUGUACUGAUACAAUUGGUAUCGGUUCGGUACUGAAUAUUUUGAACAGGUCUACUCAUAGUACUCAUACAAAGAAUAGGCCACCCAUUAUAAAUCGCUAUAUAACUGACUGCUCAACUACAUGAAUAAAUCAAUGCAUUUUAUGAAUUAUGCAAAACUCACCGGCAAUGCAAGCUAAAAAUAAAUAAUUUCCAUUUAAAUUCAUUUAUUUCCAACAUCUAAUAGUUUUCCGCUGAAACGCUGCCAAAAAAAACAAUUUAUUUAACAUGUCGAAACUUUCGACUCGAAAGCCGUCAAAGCAAAAUUUUAUAUUGAAAUAUCAUUUACAAUAUCCGAAUGAAAUUAAUAUCCGGACCAGAUUUUACUUUGAAGAUGAAUAUAUGGAUUCCAAACCCUUUGUGAAUUUUAAUUUAAUGAAAAUACGUUAAUGUAAUUUGGUGAUAAAAUCACAUCAUAUCUGCUUUCCAUUGAAAAUGAUGCAUCAAUGAAAAUAAAAUUUAAAAAAAAAAUUAAUAGCGAGCUUCUUAGCGUUUAAAAAACAAACAUUUACUUAUUCGAACACAAAGUAUAUUACGACCGUAUACUUCACUAUACCGCGGUUUUUUUCUGUUAUAUUAAUACCCUCGGACAAAUUAUGGAAUAUUUUAUUUGAAUGGAUGUAAAGUCAUUGUGCCAUAUAAUGGAUGCAAUGAUUAUAAAAUUAAACGUGAAACGGGUAUUUUCGAUCACUUUUUAUUAACACAGAGCAUAAACUCUAAAAUAGGGCAUUUAUUUGCCUGUUAAUAAUAUCUAUUGGUCAUUGAUUGGAUUUUUAUUCUUUGACACAAUCGGGAAAUUUUAUCUACUUUCAGUGAGCAAUUUUAGACUAUUCGGCAAAAAUGUUGAUGUUUUAACAUACGGUAGUCCUAUCUAAGAUUGGAAAGGUGUGAAAGUAUCUAUGCUGUGCAAAAUAUUUUACUUGCAGCACUUUGCGAAAAUGAAAUUUUCGCAAGGGGCACACCGUUGACACUUGCGAAAAUUUUCACUUUCGCAUGGCUUCGCAAGUAAAAUUCCUUACGUAAUUGCUCCCUUUCGGCUCUGGCUACUAACUCCAUCUCGGCAAAAUAAAAAUCUUUAAACAAGGACGUAAUGUACUAUUUGACAAAGCAGGUUAGAAAAUAGUCAUUUUCUCCCAUCUGCUGAAACUUAGGAAGACUUUGUUAUGAAAAACAUGUUUACCUCGAGAAAAAACUUAAAAAUUUCAUUUUCUCUUGUCGAUCUGGUCUCAAACCACACUCUCUAAAUGUAAUUUCAAACUUUGUUUUCCCUUGUUGAACAAAUAACUAUUUAAUCAAGGAAACCUAAUUUUACAGAAUACUAAAGAUUCGAAUUUUCACUCAAUUUUUUUAAUUUGUCCGAGACUGAAUUCUUGAUAAGGGUGAUGCCGUUGCGAAAUAUCUUUAACCUUUUAGAAAAAGGCUAAUCAUCUGGUAUCACCAGCACUGACUAGAAUAAGCAAUGAUCUACCGAUUAUUUGCUCUUGUAUAGCAAAAUGAUUAGUUAAACAAAUGACAGAUUAAGUGACAGACUUUUACUGCAAUACGCCUCUUCUAAAAGGUUAAACCUAACUUGUCCACCAUCACACUGGAAUGCAAGAUGAUUAGUUUUGAUAUUCAUUUUGCCAAAAUAUAGAAUGGGUUGAAAUGAAUAGGUUGAAAAAUUAAACUGAUAAUCUGGUAUCUGUUUUUAAUUAGUUAUUUACAAAUAUUUUAAGACAAAAGCAGGCUUUAAAAGCACCUCACAACAUAUGUACUAAAUAUUUUACUGUUAGUUAAUAGAAAAAACAUAUUCCUACAAAACUAUAGAUGUAAAUAGAACUGCGAAAGAUUUUUGGUUUGCUAAAACACAUAAAAUUAUCUUUUAAACAAGAAUGAGGUGCGAUUAGGAACUUAAUAUAGUUGCACUUGUUAUGAACGGACAAUGUUCUUUCUUUCCACUUAUAGCGAAACUAAUAGAAUAAUGUUUUCCCUCUAGCGUAACGAUUGACGGAUCGUUACAAAGCUACCGUUUUACCGAAAAUUACACGUAUGGUAUAGAUAGAUUAUUCUUUGUCGUCCAUUAGUUGCAUUGUCCUUCCUGAAAAACCAUUUUUUGUGCACAAAACUAGUCAUUGUGUUUAUAGCACUAAACACAAAUUUUAUGGAAUGAAGAAAUGAAAACCAAGCUCUCGGAUUUGUUAACGUCUUGUGACACUCUACAGUAGUUUCAAAAUUUAAAAAAUGCAAAAUAGGCAAGACUCUUUUCGAAGACUUAAA